UGAUGUUCAUCAGUGCACGCCAUAGGUCUCACUUCUUCUGCCGGUCCGUCGACUGUCAAUACCAGAGACCUACAAAUUUAGGAGUUUCAUUAAUUCUUCAUUCCGUCCAUUUCAUAUGUUUUAUUCCCAUGUGUAUGGAUUUCGUCAGUGCUGAGCCCAAGCAGUGUAUCCACGAUGGAAUUUUUAACCUUUUCAUAUUUUUUAAAACGUCAUCAUUUUUUUUUUUCUUUGAAAUUGAGAUAAUUUUUCAAUUCUAGAAAAAAGAAAAAAAAUAUUGCUCGUAAACGAACUUUGUGAUCGGAUUUCCUUUCACGUUGUCAAAGAUUUAGGGUAUGUUAUAAAUGGUUUAGUUUUUAUCGUUGUGAGUUUAUGAUCAUUUUAUUAAAAGAAAUCAUGCUGCAUCUGUUUACACCUAUCGGAUCGUUAUUUGAUUAUUGUAUGGAGUUGAUGUUUUUUUUUUGAUUAUAUGAUGGAGUUUGUAGUUAUUGAAUACUUGGAUGUUAAUUGUUUGCCGUAAGAAACUAGUUUGAAUUAUUCGGCCACACUUAUUAUAAUAUUUCAUUAAUGCCGGCGACUAACAUAAUUUGCCAAAUUUGGGUUUUAAUUAAUAAAAAGUCAUAAAUUUUAUACUCUCGGAGCCCCAUUUAAUAAUGGAUAGCAAACUUAAACAAGAUGCUUCAGAUGGGAUCAUGUUGGAUUGGUUUAUUUCUCAGAGUAUUUAUCUUGGGAAUAGAAUAAUGUCAGAUAAAUAAACCACGGAUAUACAAAGAUUUAUAGUGAGAUUAUCCUUAAAAAACGGUUUACGCCGUUAAAAAAAAAAAACGUUUAACUAAACGAAAGUCAAUAUUGUCUAUCUUUUUUUUGAUGUGUUCCCCCCUUUACGUCAGAAGACAGAUUGGGAUCGCGCAUCGGAAGAGAGUUCUGUGCGAGACAACGGAGUGAGCAGUUUUUUUUUUGGUAAAAGAGCAAUGCCAGAAAUGGCCGCUGUGUGUCAAGAUCCUACAGGGACCCCGCCAUCCAUGUUCGGUGGUCGGGGGCCCCAGGGCAUCGGGCCCCCUCAUGGCUACUACAACCACUGUGGAUACCAGACGCCCGCCCCCCACGGCCAUUAUGCUUCUGACGGCUACGGGACGUUUCAGGUAAUUUACGUUCAAAGACGUGACGUGGUCGUUCUCAUGCUACAUGUGAUUAUCAUUCUAGAACAGCGGUUCUCAACUUGUGGGUCACAAACCUCUUAGAGGGUCAAACGAGCCUUACACAGGGGUUGCCUAAGACCAUCGGAAAACACAUAUUUAUGAAGUUACGAAAAUAAUUUAAUUGUUGGGGGUCACCACAACACGACGAGCUGUAUUAAAGGGUCAUGGCACUAGGGAGCUUGAGAACCACUGUUCUAGAACAUUUUGAACAUUUGAAAACAAACAAAAAACAAAUGAGAAUCUUUCAGAAAUACACUUACAACGUAUAACCUUUCUAUCAACAGCAGUAAUGUUUAUAAUAAAUUACAAUCGAUGCUCACUCUCGACUAUUAAAGACUAUUAGGUAUAUAUUAUAAUAUAAUAAAGCAAUUGCUAAUCAUACUGUUAAGGCUUGUAAUUAACAAUACACUAAACAAGCCUAUCUGAAGAUUUUGUAAGACUAACUCUCUAGGUCCUGACUGCCGAACAAAUCUGUCUAUCUUAUUUACAUUACAUGAUGUGUAAAGUUGUCAGUCUAUCGUCAUAUUUUGGGACAGUUUAAAGGUUAAAUUUUGGAAUCACAUAAUGCUAAUUCAAGUUUAAAAAUAAACAGAUGCUGAUGUUUACCCUAGUUUAUGUUUAGGUUUAGUGCCAAUGUAUUGCAUAAAAAGUUAUAAACUAUUUUAUAAUUUAGAAUUACCGUUUGGAUAGAUAAACCUGCAUUGCAAAUAAUAAUAUUUUUUGUAUGUCAGUAAUAGUUCUUGAGUUAUUCAAUUUCCUAUAAUUUCAAAGUCAUGGAUAAUAGAUUGUAAAUAAAUUUACGAUUAUUGUAUUUGUUGUUUUUUUAAUACCACAUAGAAGUAUUUAUUUUAAACUGGCGAUAUAAACUUGAAAAAUGCAAUAAAAUAUCAUCAUUCUUCAUUAUUUCUUAAAGUCUGAUAUUAUUAUCAUAACAGAUUGAAAAAUAUUGAUAAGCAAUCUCAUGACCAAUUGUCGUGCGUCUUUCUCCAGCAGACGCCUCAAGCAGAGCCCGCAACCCACCAGCAGCACCAUCUGCAGCCCCAGCAUCUUCCUCAGCACCACCACAAUCAGCAGCAGUCCUGGGGCUAUGGGCUGCCAAUGUCGGCCAACGGCAGGACCAAUCACGGCGCCAUCAGCGACGAGUGGACGUACAUGGUCCCCGGCGGGAGCAGCACCCCAACGCAGGUUGGUAAAUGUUGUGAUGGCUUAUGUGUAGGCACCCCAACUUAGAGGCACCCCCAACUGAGGUUCAAAUGGCAGCACCCCACCAAGGUUUUUCUUCUGGUUUAUACGUCGACACCGAAACCAAGGUUUAUGUCAGCAUCCCAGCCAAGGAUUUUCGUGGGGUUAAUAUGUCAGCACCCCAACCAAGGUUUAUAUGUCAGCACCCCAACCAAGGUUUAUAUGUCAGCACCCCAACCAUGGUUUAUAUGUCAGCACCCCAACCAUGGUUUAUAUGUCAGCACCCCAACCAAGGUUUAUAUGUCAGCACCCCAACCAAGGUUUAUAUGUCAGCACCCCAACCAAGGUUUAUAUGUCAGCACCCCAACCAUGGUUUAUAUGUCAGCACCCCAACCGAGGUUUAUAUGUCAGCACCCCAACCAAGGUUUAUAUGUCAGCACCCCAACAAAGGUUUAUAUGUCAGCAUCCCAACCAUGGUUUAUAUGUCAGCACCCCAACCAAGGUUUAUAUGUCAGCACCCCAACCAAGGUUUAUAUGUCAGCACCCCAACCAAGGUUUAUAUGUCAGCAACCCAUCCAAGGUUUAGUGAGCACCUGACCCAAAGAUUAUAUGUUAAUACUCCAACCAACCGCUCCCCUGACAAGACCCACAGGACCCCUGACACCGCCAACCGCAUACCCUGACAUCGCCAACCGCACCACUGACACAAUCCAACCGCACCCCUAACACUGCCAUUUCCACCCCCUGGCAUCACCAACCGCACCCCUGACACAACCCAACGCACCCCUGACAUCGCCAACCGCACCCUGACAUUGCCAACCACACCCCUGACACCGCCAACUGCACCCCUGACACCGCCAACCACACCACUGACAUCGCCAACCGCACCACUGACAUCGCCAACCGCACCACUGACUUCGCCAACCGCACCACUGACACAGCCCAACGCACCCCUGACAUCACCAACCGCACCCCUGACAUCACCAAUCGCACCCACGGAGAUAGCGGAAACCCUUGCCAUUAAAAUCGUUGAACCGCUAAAUUUAUUAAACUGCGUUAAUCACUGUUCUUCGUUCCCCCACCCCCCCACCCCCCGGGGUCGCUCCCAGAGAUUUACUCAUAAUUGUUCUGCAAAUAACGAUGAUGAAAUAAACUUAGGUCAUACAUUGUUUUGGAACAUGGUCACUUGGACCAACACCACCCUGCUUUCAUCUUCUGUUGUUGGGAAAAAUGUCUACCGAGUGUUGUUUACAUUAAUGAGCACUCAUUAACUUAUAAAUAUCGAUCUUUUUUAUUUACAAUUAAAUAUUUUCAUUGGGUAUAUUUUGCAACUAUAACACAAAUUAAUCAAUUUAAUGUCUAGGACAUUUGCUUUUACUGCUAUGCAGAGUAUGCAGAAUCAUUUUAUUUAAACUGCACAUAAUUUUGAUGAAAACAUAAGCUGUGGUACAUUAAAACAAUAUAUAUAUAUAUACAUAUAUAUAUAUAUAUAUACAACGAAAGAAAAAUAAGUGUAUUAUGUAAUUAUGUCUUGAAAAUCCGAUUGAAGUGAAUGUAUGAUACUAAAGUCAAACAAUAAAUUUUGUUGGCACAUUUUUUUGUGUGUGACAACAUACAUACUUUAGAGUGAUUCCAGUUAGAGACCGACCGAAAGUGAUUUUCUGAUUUCGGCUGAAACCGAAAAUAGGCCGAAAGUUUAAAAAUGACUUUCGGCCGAAACAGAAAAAAGGCCGAAAGUUAAAAAUGAAUUUUAGCCGAAGCCGAAACCGAAAAUGAAAUAUUUAGAUAUUUUGAAAUGCGUUCCCGCAUACAUUCUGCAUACAUCGAAAAUGAUGGGGGAAAGUAUAAAUAUUUACAUUCUUUUUUAUAAAAAAUGAGAUAAUCGUGAAUAUUAAUAAAUAAACAUCUAAUAUAACAUGUUGUUGUUAAAGAUCGUUUUGUUUGUUAUUGAACAUCGGUUAGUUUGUUUAUAAAGAUCGCUUAAUUUGUUGUUAAAAAUCGUUUAUUUUGUUUUUUAAGAUCGAUUAAUUAUUUUUAAAGAUCUUUUAGUUUGAUCCUAAGAACAUUUAGUUUUCUGUUAAAGAUCGCUUAGUUUAUUCUUAUAACUCAUUUAGUUUACUAUUAAAGAUCAUUUGUUUUGUUCUUAAAGAUCAUUUAGGUCGUUCUUAAAAAUAGCUUAGUUUGUUCUUUAAGAUCGUUCAGUUUUUUUAUUAAAGAUCGCUUAGUUUGUUUUAAAGAUCGUUUAGUUUGUUUUUAAAUGUCGCUUAGUUUGUUGUUAAAUAUCGUUUAGUUUGUUCUCAAAGAUCGCUUAAUUUGUUUUUAAAGAUCGUUUAGUUUGUUAUUAAAGAUCGCUUAAUUUUUUCUUAAAGAUCCUUUAGUUUGUUCUUAAAUGUUGCUUGGUUUGUUAAAUAUCGCUUUCGCCGAGUAUUAGAUGACCGAAAACCUCAGUCACUUUCGGCCGAAACCGAAAAAAAAAACCGAAAGUAAACUUUUCUCUUUCGGCAGAAACCUAAAUUUAGCCGAAAGUGAUAAAAUGUCUACUUUCGGCGCCGAAGCCGAAAUUCGGUCGGUCUCUAACUCCAGUGUUGUAAUCAUACAUAAAUUGUGACUACCAAUAAUUAUUGCACUACAUCAAUAUAUCACCAAUUGGUAGCUUUUUUUUUUUUAUAUAGCAAACUACCAAUAGCCGCUUAGAAGCCACUGGUAGUGGAAUACCAAUGGCUCUCUAGAAGCUAUUGGUAGUUUACUAAAAAUACCUCCGUACAAGCUAUUAGUAGUAAACUACCAAUAGCCACAGCCUCUAUUUAAUCUUCUAACAUAAAAGAUAUCGACUGACCUAAUAAGUCACUAUAAGAAAUCGAAGCCCGAGUCGUAAAUAAAUGGUGCGAGUCCGAGGUCGUGGGUUAAGCCGACACCAACCUGGCUCGGUUACUAGAUUUUAAUCUGUAAACCACCCGCUAUAAAUAGCUCACUGGUCAUGUCAAUCUAACCAUGGCGGUAACAUUUGGUCACUUCAUUAUUAAAGUUGUACUUAAAUUAUUUUGGAUUUGUUCAUUUGUAGACUAAUAUAAACAUUGUAUCAUCUCCACUGGAAAACAAAAUAGUAUUAUGCGUUUGAAAAAAUGAUUUUAAAGACAAAAAUCUUGUCGGGGUGGGGCUCUUUUCAAAACAUAUUAGAUCAACGGUUCUCAACCCUUUCCCAGGGUUCGACUAAGACCAUUGGAAAACAAAUGUAAUAUACAGUUAUGAAGUAGCAAAGAAAAUAAUUUUGUGCUUGGGGGGUCGCCACAACAUGAGGAACCAUAUUUAAGGGUCACGGCAUUAGGAAGGUUGAGAACCACUGUGUUAGAUACUUUUAAUCUCUCAUCUCCUUAUGCUCUGUCACAUUUCACGUGCUGGCCUCUCGAAUACUACAUUUCAGCUAAGUCUUAUUUUUUAAAAAAUCUAAUUCUGUUUUAACUGUUGUUUGUUCGCUUGUGAAGGCUUCUUGCCGACACGUUCCUUAUUUUGGUGCGUUCUUUUUUUUUUUUUUUUCUUUUCGUGGAUUUUCCAUAAUUUGUUUCACUCAUCCCCAGAAGAUACAUUUUUAUAUUUUGCUUUUGUUCCGUUAAAAGUUUAUUUGUUUUCCGUAACUCUGACUGAUCUUAUACUAACUUGUAAAUGACGCUUUUUUUUGUUUGUUUUUUUUUUUUUUUUUUUUCUUUUCGUGGAUUUUCCAUAAUUUGUUUCACUCAUCCCCAGAAGAUACAUUUUUAUAUUUUGCUUUUGUUCCGUUAAAAGUUCAUUUGUUUUCCGUAACUCUGACUGAUCUUAGACUAACGUGUAAAUGACGCCAUGCAUUUUUAUUAUCAUUUCCGUUUGUUUUCUUCUUUCAAGAAUCACUACAACUACCAAUACAGACCCAACACACACACGUCCUUGGAUUACGCGUCCCCGUUGUCUUCUGGCCAGGACACCAAUACCCAGGGCCUGGACGGGUCACCCUCACCAGGGGCCCCCUCACCGGGAGAAUCCCCCGGAGCCGGGAUCGGCCCCAACAACCAGGGAGCGAAAUCUCUGAGACCGCCGUACGAGUGGAUGAAACCGUCAGCAGGACUUCCACAGUCAGGU